UUGAAAAUGAAGAAUUAAAAACGAAAAUUGUGCCACAAAAGCAGAAAACAAUCUACAAAACCAGUAACCAGUAACCAGUAACUAGUAACCAGAAAAAAAAUAAAAUUCCCAACAAAAUAAAUGAAAUUAAUAAUUAAUACAAAAACGUAAGAACCAUCGGAAAUAAGGAGAACCUAACCUCAAUUCGUAUACGUUUACGUUUUUAUUUUGACCUAUUUUUUUAGUUCCUUUAUGCUAGAAAUCGGUAUUUUUUGUUGCAACAACCGUUGCUUCCGUUUAAUUCGAGCACGCAACUUAGAAGAAAAAAAUCAAAAAUAAAUAACAAAAAAUAAAAACGAAACGAAACGAAACUGAGUAAAGCACUGGGAAAGAAGUAUAUACGAAAAAUGAGUGCGACUAGUACAACCGCCAUUUCGUUGGCUGCCAUAUUCACAAACGGCACGGUCACCACAACACCAACUCCAAUAAAUGGCAGCAGUGUUGCCAGCAGCGGCAAAAACCACAGUGCAUUUAUUGCGCUUAACUCCAGCUUAGGCAUAGCAGAUCACCUGCCACUUCAACUGACCACCACCAAAGUGGACUUGGAUAUUGAAAUUGAUAUUCAGCUGCUGACAAAUGGCUACGAGGGUACGACGAUAACAUCAUAUUACAAUGAAACAUCAUGGAUCAAUCCAUCGGAGGCGGAUACGAUAGUGGGUGAGGAUCCCGAUGCGGUGGCACUUGUGUUAAUUUUAGUUGUUGGUAUCUUCCUGUCGGUGUUAAUAUUUCUAUCAGUCGCCGGAAACAUACUCGUCUGCCUUGCUAUUUACACGGAACGAAGUCUGCGACGCAUUGGGAAUUUAUUCCUUGCCUCAUUAGCGAUAGCGGAUUUAUUUGUGGCGUCUCUGGUUAUGACAUUUGCUGGAGUUAAUGAUUUACUAGGUUAUUGGAUUUUCGGCGCGCAAUUUUGUGAUACUUGGGUUGCUUUUGAUGUGAUGUGCUCAACGGCAUCCAUUUUAAAUUUAUGUGCCAUAUCAAUGGACCGUUACAUACACAUAAAGGAUCCAUUGCGUUAUGGCCGCUGGGUCACACGUCGUGUUGCUGUCAUCACCAUCGCAGCUAUUUGGCUUUUGGCCGCAUUUGUUUCAUUUGUGCCAAUCUCGCUGGGCCUGCAUCGACCCGCACAGCCGUUAAUUGUGGAGGAUAAUGGCAAAAAGUAUCCGACGUGCGCAUUGGAUCUGACACCGACAUACGCUGUUGUCUCAAGUUGCAUUAGUUUUUAUUUUCCAUGUGUGGUUAUGAUUGGCAUUUAUUGUCGGUGA